AUGAAUUCGUACUCUGCGGACUGGGCCACCAAGCUGUACGAUCUCGCGCACGUGCAUGGGCCAUAUCUUGCGGCUUCGACCAUCAUCUGGACGGCCAUCUACCUCGCGUCAGCGCCCAUCUCUCGCCGCGUCUCAGCCACCUACCGCGGCCUGCCCUUCAAGCUCAAGAUGCAAUGGGACAAUCGCAUCGUGGCCUUCCUGCACGCGGUCGUCAUCUGCUACGCUGCCUUCUGGGGUCUGUUGUGCGACGAGCCGCUCAAGGCGGACCAUCUGCACGCCUACUCGACCUGGGCCUAUGCGACCAUGAUCACCGCCUGCGGCUACUUCAUCUGGGAUGCGGUCAUGUGCAUUAUCUACUUCAAGGAGUUCCAGCUGGGCUUCCUGCUUCAUGCCCUCGGCUGCCUCUUCACCUUCCUCGGCUCUCUCGACGGAGUGUUCAUGUACUACGGCUACUUCUACUUGACGUUCGAGGCCAGCACGCCUUUCCUCAACCUGCACUGGUUCAUGGACAAGCUGGGCGUUUCGAACAGCAACCCGUUCAAGAAGCUCAACGCUGGCCUGCUAGUGCUCAGCUUCUUCCUCUUCCGCAUCAUCUCCGGCUGCGGCUACUCGGCCGUCGUGUGGCAGGACAUCCACCGCUACAUCGCCGCCACCUCCAACAUGGCCAACGUCGGCAUCAUGUACUACUUCUACUUCGCCAUUCUUCUCCUUAACGGCCUCAACUGCUACUGGUUCUACUCCAUCGUCAAGUUCGCCACCCGGGCACCCAAGGUCCACCCCUCGUCGACUUCGACCUCGGCCACCACCACGGCCCUCACCGCCAACGACAAGGCGAGGAAGAAGGAGUAG